AUGUGGGUUCGACGUACAGAGAAGGUCAUCCCGUCAGUGACGACGUUUCGCCGUGGCCGGCCUAUGCGCAUCCGAUUGACGAACGUCUCGGAACGAUCAGCGUACGUUCCAGCGUUCAAUAGACUGGCCGUGCUGGUUCUUAUCGGAGAUCUGCCUCGAGCCGUGGGCUACGCGCGUUUGGACUCCAAUAAGUACAAGGACUGGCAAGUGCUUGCCUACGAGAACUGUCGCGACCGACGGUUGUUCAAACGGGAGUGCGAGCUUUACGGACAAUGGCUGGCGACCCAACCUCCAUCGGUUGAACGACGAGCAUAUCCGACACCCGUCGGAGUCAUGAAGAGGUCGCCCGAAGACGCGUUGGACGUAUCGGCAGAUCGUCUGGCAUGUGCCGGGCGUUGGGAGAAGAUUUUAGAGCAACGAGAGCGAGACGAAGGUCGCCUAGACUCUGGGGUGACAAGCAAGGACGCGUUCGAGAUCCGAUUCUACGGAAACUCGUCGGAUGGCGGUUCAGCAAGCGAUAGUGACGACAGCGAUGCCAACGAAGAGUCGGCUGGACGCCCACAAGAAUUACAAGGUAUAAAGAAGGUGAUGAACACAUCAGCGUGGGUCCAGUCGGUGUCUGGUGCCGAAGGUGAUGCAUCAAGUUCAGUGGCUGGUGAGACCAAGACGGUUUCGGAUGUCAAGUGUCGAGACAGUGGCUCAUCAGCCUCUUACUUUGCGACUAGUGAGAGGGAAGGCACGACCACCGGUCGAGAGGAAGUACACGCUGCGCUAUAG